AUGAGGAUAUAUAGUGUCUUAACAUUCAUGGCUUACUGUUGUUUGCUGAAAGCAUUUACUAUCACAGUUCCCAAGGACCUGUAUAUGGUAGAAUAUGGCAGCAAUGUGACGUUGGAAUGCAGAUUUCCAGUAGACCAACAAUUAAACCUGCUUGUGUUAGUUGUUUACUGGGAAAUGGAGGAUAAGAAAAUUAUUCAGUUUGUGAAUGGGAAGGAAGACCUGAACGUUCAGCACAGUAGCUACCAAGGGAGGGCCCAGCUGUUGAAGGACCAGCUCUCCUUGGGAAAGGCUGCACUUCAGAUAACAGAUGUGAAAUUGCAGGAUGCAGGGGUUUACUGUUGCUUGAUCAGCUAUGGCGGUGCCGACUACAAGCGGAUUACUUUGAAAGUCAAUGCUCCAUACCGCAAAAUCUACCACACAAUUUCUGUGGAUCCAGUCACCUCUGAACAUGAACUAACGUGUCAGGCUGAGGGUUACCCUGAAGCUGAUGUCAUCUGGACAAGUAGCGAUCACCAAGUCCUGAGUGGCAAAACCAGCAUCACCAAUUCUAAGAGGGAAGAAAAGCUUUUCAAUGUGACCAGCACACUGAGAAUCAACACAACAGCUGACAAAAUUUUCUACUGCACUUUUCGGAGAUUAGGUCAUGAGGAAAACAACACAGCUGAGUUGGUCAUCCCAGAACCAUAUCCAGAUCCAGCAAAAACGAGGAAUCACUUGGUGAUUCUGGGAGCUCUCUUCUUGUUCCUGCAUGUAACCCUGGCAGUCAUCUUCUGUCUGAAAAGAAAUGUGAGAAAGAUGGAUGUAGAAAAAUGUGGCACCCAAGAUAUGAAUUCAAAGCAACAAAAUGCUACACAUUUUGAGGAGACGUAA